UCGGCGGGGCGCUGUGCCGCGUGCUGCAGUGGGCUCUGCGCUGGACUCCGGGGUCCGGGGCGCGCGGCAUCCCGCGUUCGCCCUCCGCGCUUCUUCCGCCCCUUUCCUUAAUCCAGGCCCCGGGGCACCAGCGGGCAGGAAGCGGCCCCUCUGGGCUCGAGAGCCUCUGGCCUCCCCCCUUCUCUUCCCUCUUUUUCUCCAGCAGCCACUCAGCUCUGCUCAGCUUCUUCCCUCCUCAGGGGCCCCACUGGGAUUCUAUGGCUUCACCUACCUCCACCAACCCAGCACAUGGCCACUUUGAGAGCUUCCUACAGGCCCAGUUUUGCAAGGAUGUGCUGAGCAGCUUUCAGGGGCUCUGUGAGGCCCUGGGGCUAGAGCCUGGUGGGGGACUACCCCAGUACCACAAGAUCAAAGCCCAGCUCAACUACUGGAGUGCCAAGUCUCUGUGGGCUAAGUUGGACAAGCGAGCAGGUCAGCCUGUCUACCAACAGGGCCAGGCUUGUGCCAGCACCAAGUGUCUGGUGGUAGGUGCUGGGCCUUGCGGGCUUCGGGCUGCUGUGGAGCUGGCACUACUGGGAGCCCGUGUGGUGCUGGUUGAAAAGCGCACAAAGUUCUCUCGCCACAAUGUGCUCCACCUCUGGCCCUUCACCAUCCAUGACCUGCGGGCACUUGGUGCCAAGAAGUUCUAUGGGCGCUUCUGCACUGGCACCCUGGACCACAUCAGCAUCCGGCAACUUCAGCUGCUUCUACUAAAGGUGGCAUUACUGCUGGGGGUGGAAAUUCACUGGGGUGUCACUUUCUCUGGCCUCCAGCCCCCUUCUAGAAAGGGGAGUGGCUGGCGUGCCCAGCUCCAGCCCAGUUCCCCAGCCCAACUGGCCAACUAUGAAUUUGAUGUCCUCAUCUCAGCUGCAGGAGGUAAAUUCGUCCCUGAAGGCUUCACUGUUCGAGAAAUGCGUGGCAAACUGGCUAUUGGCAUCACAGCCAACUUUGUGAAUGGGCGCACAGUGGAGGAGACACAGGUGCCUGAGAUCAGCGGUGUGGCCCGAAUCUACAAUCAGAAAUUCUUCCAGAGCCUGCUCAAAGCCACCGGCAUUGAUCUGGAGAACAUUGUGUACUACAAGGAUGACACCCACUACUUUGUGAUGACAGCCAAGAAGCAGUGUUUGUUGCGACUGGGGGUGCUGCGUCAGGACUUGCCAGAGACUGAUCAGCUUUUGGGUAGUGCCAAUGUGGUACCCRAGGCUCUGCAGCACUUUGCCCGGGCAGCUGCUGACUUCGCCACACAUGGCAAACUCGGGAAACUAGAGUUUGCCCAGGAUGCCCAUGGGCGGCCUGAUGUCUCUGCCUUUGACUUUACAAGCAUGUUGCGGGCAGAGAGUUCUGCUCGUGUGCAGGAGAAGCACGGUGCCCGCCUGCUACUGGGACUGGUGGGGGACUGCCUGGUGGAGCCCUUCUGGCCCCUGGGCACUGGAGUGGCCCGGGGCUUCUUGGCAGCCUUCGAUGCAGCCUGGAUGGUGAAGCGGUGGGCAGAGGGUGCUGAGCCCCUAGAGGUGUUGGCUGAGCGUGAGAGCCUGUACCAGCUUUUGUCACAGACAUCCCCGGAAAACAUGCACCGCAAUGUGGCCCAAUAUGGGCUGGACCCAGCCACCCGUUACCCCAACCUGAACCUCCGGGCUGUGAUGCCCAACCAGGUACGAGACCUGUACGAUGUGGUGACCAAGGAGCCUGUGCGGAAAAGUGACAAGACAGAUGCAGGGAAUCCAGCCAUGGGGUCAGCGGGCACCCAGGAGGACCUGCUACGCUGGUGCCAGGAGCAGACAGCUGGGUAUCCAGGAGUCCAUGUUACUGACUUGUCUUCCUCCUGGACGGAUGGUCUAGCUCUGUGUGCCUUGGUGCACCGGCUGCGGCCUAGCCUGCUGGAACCUGAGGAGCUGCAAGGGGUGGGGGCUCUGGAAGCAACUACCUGGGCACUGCACGCAGCAGAGCAUGAGCUAGGCAUCACACCAGUGUUGUCUGCACAGGCAGUGGUGGCAGACAGUGACCCACUAGGCCUCAUUGCCUACCUUAGCCACUUCCACAGUGCCUUCAAGAGCAUGUCCCACAAUCCAGGUCCUAUUGGCCAAGUCUCUCCAGGUACCUCUAGUGCUGUACUAUUCCUUGGCAAACUCCAGAGAACCCUGCAACGGACCCGGGCUAAGGAAAAUGGGGAAGAUUCUGGUGGCAAGAAGCCUCGCUUGGAGGUAAAUGUAGAGGCUGAGAUGCCAAGUACUGAGGAGCUACCUGUCCCUGAACCCAGUGUACCUCUGACACCCCCAUCUCAACCUGAGGAGGCCAGUGCUGGGGACCUGUGUGCACUCUGUGGGAAACACCUCUACAUUCUGGAACGCUUCUGUGUGGAUGGCCAUUUCUUCCACCGGAGCUGCUUCUGCUGCCAUACUUGUGAGGCCACAUUGUGGCCAGGUGACUACRGGCAGCAUCCAGAAGAUGGACAUUUCUACUGUCUCCAGCAUCUGCCCCAGCCAGGCCACAAGGAGGAUGAGAGUGAAACAGGACCUGAGAACCCUGUAAAAACUGAGCUUCCCACACCAAGUGAGGACAACCUGCCAGGCCCGUUGACUCACACAACCCCACAGGAGGACGCCAGUCCUGUCCCGAGCCCCAUCCAGUCUAACCGCCGGCUGAUCCGCCUCUCCAGCCUGGAACGCCAGCGGCUCUCCUCUCUUAACAUUAACCCUGAACCUGAAACAGAGCCUCCUCCCAAGCCCCCCCGCAGCUUGGCCCGCCAGGCUCUGGAAGGCAGCUUUAUGGGCUGGGGUAUGCCAGGCCAGAGUCAGCAAGUUCUUAAGGACAUAGAGAAGGAGGAAGAGAGUCCUUCCUCCAGUGAAGAGGAAGAGGAAGAUGUGCCUUUGGACUCAGACUUGAAGCAGGCCCUGCUGACACUGGCCAAGAACUCGGACACCAUGAACAAGUACCCUACAUGGCGCCGGACUCUGCUGCGCCGGGCUAAGGAGGAGGAGAUGAAGAGAUUCUGCAAGGCCCAGACAAUCCAGCGGCGACUAAAUGAGAUUGAGGCUGCCCUGAGGGAGCUGGAAGCUGAAGGCGUAGAGCUGGAGCUUGCCUUAAGGAGCCAGAGCAGUUCCCCAGAACAGCAAAAGAAACUCUGGUUAGAACAGCUGCUGCAUCUUGUCCAAAAGAAAAACAGCCUAGUGGCUGAAGAGGCUGAGCUCAUGAUCACGGUGCAGGAGCUGGACCUAGAAGAGAAGCAGUGGCAGCUAGACCAGGAGCUAAGAGGCUAUAUGAACCGUGAAGAAACCCUGAAGACAGCAGCAGAUCGGCAGGCUGAGGAGCAGGUCCUGAAAAAGCUAGUAGAUGUGGUGAACCAGCGGGAUGCCCUCAUCCGCUUUCAGGAGGAACGCAGGCUCAGUGAGCUGGCAUCAGAGACAGGGGCCCAGGGCUAGAAGAUGGAGGGCUACCUACCUUCUUCUCUACAAGGAAGACAACCUCAUCCCAGGACAGUGCCACCCCUGCUCAUCUAGGCUGUUUGGGAGAGGCCUCACUGUUGACAAUAAAAAUA